UUUAUAAUUGGUAAACAAGAGACUAGAAUGUUAGAAUGUAAAUGUUGUGAAGUGUCAUGUUGAGUCGUGGUAGAGGGAGAUUGGCAGUAAAUGAGGCAAUAAGGGCAGUGGUGUAAUGCACCGUGUAUGUCAUUAUUUCGGAGAUUUGCUGAAGGCGUGAGUGAAUAUCAUGGAAAGUUUGUAUCACCAGACAUAUAAGCUAGUGCAAGAAACGCAACAUGCUUUCGUAGGACUGGAAAGGUUUAUUGGUGAAAAUUCUGAAGAAAUUGAAAAGGAGCUCCAGGAUAAAAUCAACGUAAUAGCAAGGAACUGUGAGCGUUUAGAUCUUUUGGUGUAUAAAGAGCCAAUUCAAAAACGCCAGAGUGCCAAGCUUAGAGUGGAUCAACUGAAAUAUGAUAACCAACAUUUACAGGCUGGACUACAGAUGUUUCAGCAACGGCAGCGGCAGCAUGCACAAGAAGAAAGGGAGAGGGAAGAAUUGUUGAGCAGAAGAUUUACACAAAAUUCUAGUGAAGCAGACACUUCUAUAUUUAUUGACUAUUCAGUUCAGCACAAUAUGUCUCUUCAGAAUUCCAAUCGAGGUGUGGAUGACAUGCUGAGAACUGGCUCUGUGAUUCUUGAGAAUUUAAAAGAUCAGCGGUCAACAUUGAAAGGUGCCCAGAAACGCUUAUUUGACAUUGCCAAUACCCUCGGACUUUCAAAUACAACAAUGAGGUUAAUUGAACGACGAGUGUCACAGGAUAAAGUUAUUCUUGUAGGCGGCAUGGUGUUUACUGUUAUUGUUAUUAUUAUUGUUAUAUUCUAUUUUCUGUGAAUUUUGUUUGACAAAGCCCACCGCUUGAUUUUAGUUACACCUUUUUGAGCAAGUAGGCACACAUGCUCUGUGCAUGUUAGAAUUUAUUUUGCCAUCCAUUCAAGUUACCAGCUAUUAUUCUCAUUUUAUGUUUAGUUCAGGAUCACAUAAGUGGGGCCAGGUAGAAAAAGAGACUAUGUUUAAGAGAGAAUGGUAAUAUUUGCAUUUAAAUAUGUGUGCUGGAUGUUCCUUUCUACAGUGAUAUGUAUAUAUAUAUUCAUACUUGCCUAGGGAACAUAUGUACUGGAGGGGGGGGGGGGGGGAGUUCAUUAUUAAUUAUUUUAUGAAUCAGAAUUUUUUUACAAAAUAAAAUCAAUAUUUUUGAAUAUUUUAGUCGUGUGUGUGUGUUUGUCAGUGUGUGUAUGUGAAUCCACCCCUUACAUGCCACAUGUAUUUCAUCAUCGUUGUGGCAUGGAUGGCUGAGAUGUUGGUGAAGAUACUAAAAAGAGUGGUAAAGUGAAGCAAACUUGUUAAUUAUUGGUUCCUUCAUCUAUCAAACAUUGGUGUGCUCUCCCCCUCCCCCUCUCCCCCCUGUGUGUGGUGAGUAACAAUAUCUCCUAAUUUCGUAAUUAACAUUGUUUCUCCAUACCAGAUUUUCCGUUAUUUGAUUAGUUACUUUCAAUGUGAUUAAAGUAAAUGUCGGUAAUGAUCAUCAGAUGUAGGAAAUUUACUACAUCAGCAGGCAAGAUCUAGAACUUGUCCACUUCUAGAGUAAGUGCAUAGACAAUAGAGUAUACUUAGUAAAUAAUAAAUUGUCUGUAGCACAACUCACAUUGUAAGCAAAUGGGUAGGCACAAAAUGAAGCCAGGAAGCGUACACAUUAGGCUGAAAGGACAACAUUGCUGUUCUUGUCGUGUCUGGCUGCAACCUUCCUUUUCUUCCUCUCCCCACCCAAUCCCCUUCUAGACUCGGUGAACUAGGCAGGAAUUGGUUGGUUGACUGAUCUGGGAGAGGGGCAAACUGCAAGGUCAUUGGUCCCAUCAGAUUAGGGAAGGAAGUUGGCUGUGCCUUGUCAAAGAAACCAUCCAGGCAUUUGCCUGAAGCAAUUUAGGGAAAUGACACAAAAUCUAAUCUAAAUCAGGAUGGCUGGAUGCAGGUUUGAACCAUCAUCCUCCUGAAUGUGAGUCCAGUGUGCUAACCACUGUGCCACCUUGCUCGGUCAAGUACUCAUGCUGUCAUGGCUUUAAGUAAUGUACUGCCUCAUACUCCUAGUAGAUUUAACUAUUCUCACAGGAGUACCAAUUAAGCAGGGACCUACAAUUGGCUCUCAUUAGAUGCUCCUAUGAUCCAGAAUACCACUCAGUCGAUGGGACACCACAAUGAUCCUGGAUAUGUUGACAGCUCUAUUUCCCAAAGUGUUAUAGUACAAAAACAAAAGUGCAUAUCAUGCCAGGUGUUAAUACUAAGCUAUUGAUAUUUUUGUGUACAUACCUGACCACUUAAGUGGCUUCAUUUGAAGAAAUUUUUUUACCUAAAUCCUUUUCUUCUUGCUUAGGAACACGAAGAAAUUGCAAGGAGCUAGAUCUGGGUGUGGUAGCAGUUUCAUUACACAAUUCAUGCAGUUCUGUCUCUCAACUACUUCACAUGAAUGUGCAGGCAUGUUGUCACAUGAAACAGUACUUACUUCUUGGCCAAAUAGGGCUAGGUUUUCUUUAGUUCUUAUCAGAGAGGUCCAGUAUGGAUCAAUGUUUGUUCCUUUUUUUUCCCGACUUACCAGAUUGCCGCACAUGAAGGUAACACAAACUUAUGUUAGAUCAAUACAGGGUUACUUACUGAAUUGUCCUCAUAAUGGCUGCAGUACAUGCCUCCUCAUGGUGCUGCCUUCCUCCAACUGUAGCAAUCCCCUCUCACUGUGGAACUCGAGCUUCAAACUUGCCAUUUAAUUGUUAUUUUGUAAGUGGUUAAU